AACACAAGAAAGAAAUUCAGGUUUGGUUUUCAGGUUGCAGUAUAUAAAUAAUACUCCAGACUUGAAUGGAACCAAUUAAUUUACAUGUUUUACACUGCAGUAUUACGAACGUAUUAAGUUAUAUAGGUGUUAAUAGCCCAUUAAUCAGGUUGAGAGCUAAUAAAUUGCAUCGUAUUGAAUGAAAACUUCUCAUUUUGAUGCAGUGUUUUUCAGGAAUGCAGAAUACGUUUCCAGACAUUCACCAUCUUCACCUUUGACCUGUGAUGGACUAACUACCAUCAUUUUAUGACAUUUUAUGUUUUAGCCUUUGAAUCUGAUGGCUCCUCAGCUUCUGUGAUGAUAGUAAAGCCUCCACAAGACAGCAUCUCAGAGAAAGCAGUAGUUCAUCUGGACACACAGACAGCAAUCAUGGUGAAGAAGUUUUCUGUGGACUGGCUCGCACAAAGCUUUCACGGUUCGCCGCCUCAAGAUGUUCUGGAGCCGGAGAAAGAGACGCGCAGGCCACACGUGCCGUGCGUGGUUCAACCGAGACCUCCAACAUCACAUGACAAGGUUUAUUUGCAGCCAAAACCAAAGGUUAACACAGCUGAACAGAAACCAGAGACCGUUAAAGAGGAGGUCACAACUCCGGCUACGCAAAGAAGCUGCUCAUCUCCAAGCUUUUCAGAAAACAGCGGCUAUUCGUCUGGUUAUGAGAGCGAAGCGGCCGCGUCUGAAUGCGCUUCCAUCGAAGACGCGGCGACGCGAAGAAUCAGAACCAAAUUCACUCCGGAGCAGAUCGACAAACUGGAGAAAAUCUUCAGCAAGCACAAAUACUUGGAGGCGGGAGAGAGAGUGAAAACAGCUUUGAAACUCAACCUGUCCGAAACUCAGGUCAGAACUUGGUUCCAGAACCGCAGGAUGAAGCUGAAGCGGGAAGUGCAGGAGAUGCGCGCUGACUAUCUGCUGCCUAAGAUGGUUCUUCCGCACGUGCUUCCGGUUCAGUACCACUGCUACGACAGACAGCGACUUCCGUUUCCGCCUCACGGCGCGCUGAUGCAGCAGAUGAUGCCGCUGGCUCCUCAUCACCAGCUCAUCUGUCUUCAGCAGCAUUACUACUGA